GAUGAACAGAAACCAGACUGGAUGAAAAAUAGAGAAAUAAGAAAAGGUCAGACAUGGAAAACAGGUGAAGCAGGAGAAAAGACAGAAAUACUAAAAUGUUAAUAAAUUAAGCAUGAAUGGAAUAAUUCAGAAACUUAAUACAUAAAGGAAUAAGAAACCUGCACUGUAAAACAUUUGAAGUCAGCAAGACAGUUGAUUUAACGAGAGACAAGUUGUCUAAACAUUGAUGGACUGUGGCCUCCGCAGCCACAGCAGCUCACUAUAAAUCGACCGGCCUCAGUGACUGUGUGUCACAGUGGGAUCUGAAAGCAGGAUGGCUGCAGCAAAGAUUGCGUUGCUGCUGUUAGCAGCGGUUGGCUGCAAUGCAGCACCGGCACCAGAGGAGUGCCAGGUUCUGGCCAAACGGCUGCCCAGUAAAAACCUGCAUGAGAUUUACGGUGAAUGGGUUCUGGUCUGGUCCGUCAGUGACUUUCACGUUGGCCAAGAUUUACUGGGAAAUUUAACCAGUUCCCACGUUGAGCUCAAACUCCUUGCUGACAACAAAACAAUCGAGUACAAUGAGAGGAAUAUAUUCACCAACUCCUGCGUCUCCUACUUUAUCAACUUGACGGUUCCCUCUAACGACGGUGAACACCACACGUUGACGGCCCAGUCAAUCAGAGUGGAGAAGGACGGAGGGGAAAUCAACUACAACGACACCGGAGAAGUUGAAUUCUACGAGAGCUGCGACGACUGUCUGCUGAUGACCUACAAAAGUUCAAGAAUGAAAUUCCUGCUUAGCUACAGGAGGGAGGGUUCGCACCGGGACGUGGAGCAGCACAAAGCCGCCCACAAUGACCAUAAGAAACUGUCCGAGUGUCUGGGAAUCCCACAUGACAAACCGUUCACCUACGACGGAGUGGCAGAUUUCUGUCACAAGAAGUCCGCUCCAGAAGCAAAUGCCGACCGUGUCACAGUUGGGUCUGAAAGCAGGAUGGCUGCAGCAAAGAUUGCGUUGCUGCUGUUAGCAGCGAUCGGCUGCAAUGCAGCACCGGCACCAGAGGAGUGCCAGGUUCUGGCCAAGCGACUGCCCAGUAAAAACCUGCAUGAGAUUUACAGUGAAUGGGUUCUGGUCUGGUCCGUCAGUGACUUUCACGUUGGCCAAGAUUUACUGGGAAAUUUAACCAGUUGCCACGUUGAGUUCAAACUCCUUGCUGACAACAAAACAAUCGAGUACAAAGAAAGGAGAAGAUUCCACAACUCCUGCGUCUCCAUCUUUACCAACUUGACGGUUCCCUCUGACGACGCUGAACACCACACGUUGACCACCCAAUCAACCAGACUGGAGAAGGACGGAGUGGAAAUCAACUACAACGACACCGGAGAAGUUGAAUUCUACGAGAGCUGCGACGACUGUCUGCUGAUGACCUACAAAAGUUCAAGAAUGAAAUUCCUGCUUAGCUACAGGAGGGAGGGUUCGCACCGGGACGUGGAGCAGCACAAAGCCGCCCACAAUGACCAUAAGAAACUGUCCGAGUGUCUGGGAAUCCCACAUGACAAACCGUUCACCUACGACGGAGUGGCAGAUUUCUGUCACAAGAAGUCCGCUCCAGAAGCAAAUGCCGACCGGUCCUGAGUGGAGUGAAGAGGAAGAGGACACUGCCAUGAAGAUUAAAACACAUUUAAAAAGGCUUCACAUGUGAAUUUAACAGUUUUUGUUGACUGUUAAAUUUUACAAACGGUGGACAGCUUCCAACGUUAUUUUUAAUAAAGAUUUUAAUUUGGUUUA